GUUAUUUCAGACAGGAGAAGAAACAGGAAAUAGAAAUGAAAACACAGAGCUUCUUCCAUUGAGGAGGCAGACAAAAAGAAAAAGGAAAAAGGACAUAGUGUUGUCUUCCAUUGAUUCUCUGAUUCCCUAACUGGGAAUCAGAGGAUUACCAUCAACAAGUUCUUUACUAUUAUUAAUAGUUUUUUAAGUUUUAUAGGUUGCCACCUUGGCUUCCCUGCUUCAAAAAUUCAAAAACUUUCAUGGUUCUAAGCUUCGUAUAACCAAACAAACCAAAUUUGAAGGUGGGUGUUGUUGAUUUCUGAAAUGGGUAUGUCACAAACUGGUGGAAAAAUGGAAGGGUGGCUUUAUCUCAUUCGCUUCAACCGCUUUGGACUGCAAUACCUGCGAAAACGCUACCUUAUUCUCCGAGAUAAUUGUCUCAGGGGCUUCAGAUCAAUGCCCAUUUCAGAGGAAGAGGAGCCAGUUAGAACUGCAGUAAUUGACUCAAGAUUUCGGGUUACAGACAAUGGAAGAGAGAACAUCCAAAGACAUGUAUUCUUCAUCUUCACACUUUAUGAUACUUCUAAUCCCAAUAAUCAGCUUAAGUUGGGAGCAAGUAGUUCAGAAGAAGCAGCAAAAUGGAUUCAUUCCUUACAGGAAGCUGUAACCAAGGAGUGUGCAAACCCAACAAAUGAUGUUGAUCCUUAUCCUAAGAGCAAAAAGCAGUAUUUGAGAUUACAUGGUUCAAAGAAGACAGGCCAUAAAACGUCUUUAGACUGGACUGUUAGCUCACCUAUGCAUACGGAUGCAAUUGCCUCUGAUGUUGUUGCACCUUCACCAUGGAAAAUUUUUGGUUGUCAAAAUGGGUUGCGGCUAUUCAGAGAAGCAAAAGAUGGGGACUCUCAUAGGAUGAACUGGGAUGAUCAUCCCGCAAUAAUGGCAGUAGGAGUGGUUGAUGCAACUCCAGAGGCGAUUUUCCGGGUGCUUAUGUCUCUUGGUCCUUCAAGAUCAGAAUGGGAUUUCUGUUUUUACCAAGGCAGUGUGGUUGAGCACCUUGAUGGUCAUACAGAUAUUGUUCACGAGCAGUUUUACCGUGAUUGGCUACCAUGGGGAAUGAAACGAAGAGAUUUACUGAUGCAGCGUUACUGGAGAAGGGAGGACGAUGGCACAUAUGUAAUUCUACAGCAUUCUGUGUUUCACAAAAAAUGUCCACAGCAAAGAAGCUAUGUCCGUGCUUGCCUUAAAAGUGGAGGAUAUGUAAUAACUCCUAUGGACCAUGGAAAAAGGUCGCUUGUGAAACAUAUGCUUGCUGCUGAUUGGAAGUUCUGGAAAUGUUGUCUACCGGCUUCGUCUGCAAGAUCCAUAACUAUCCGUAUGCUUGAGAGGGUUGCAGCAUUAAGAGAGCUGUUCAAAUCCAAAGCUGGAAGUUGCCCCUCUGAAUUAACAUCUGGGAAGUUGCAAAGAGAUAUGGAGCUGCCCCAGAGUCAAGAAGAUAGCAUUAAGGUUGAAGUUCAAAAGCAGGAAGAAAUUAAGAAGAAAGAGAAGGUUGAUUUAAUGGAAGAUGGGGCAGAGAAAUUGCCUUCAAGACCUGCAAGUUUUGUGGGACUAAAUGAUGCAGCUGAUGAGUUCUUUGAUUUUCCGGAACUGUCAGAUGGUAACGAAUUAGAGAAUGAAUGGCCUUCUGAACAGUGUUCAAGCCUGCACUCUCUGGAUAUACACCAGCCUAAACUGUCAUCUGCUGCCUCUUUUGUGAAAAGAUUGCAUGACCUUGCAGUUCAAAAGAAGGGGUACAUGGACUUAAAAGAAGUAUCUAGGGAAGAUGAUAUAUCAUGCUGCUAUGGAUCCACUCUUGAAAAAGACCCAAAUUGUACUUUGGAUUGCAGCUGGGCAGAAGCUGAUCCAUCUACAUUUCUAAUACGUGGAGAUAAUUAUCUAGUAGACCAUCAGAAGAUUAAGGCACAAAAGACCUUGAUGCAACUGGUUGGUGCGGAUUGGCUAAGAUCCAACAAGCGGGAGGAUGAUCUGGCUGGUCGUCCUGGAAGUAUUGUUCAGAAAUAUGCAGAGUGGAGCAGACCAGAAUUCUUCUUUGUUGUUAAUCUACAGCUUCCUGGUGCAACUAGAUAUAAUCUUGCUCUAUAUUACAUGUUGAGAACUCCGCUGAAAGACACCCCCUUACUAGAGAGCUUUGUCAAUGGAGAUGAUGCUUUCAGGAAUUCAAGGUUUAAGCUCAUACCCUACAUUUCUCAGGGGUCAUGGAUAGUAAAGCAGAGUGUUGGAAAGAAAGCAUGCUUAGUUGGUCAAGCACUUGAAACCAAUUAUUUUCGAGGGAAGAACUACUUGGAGCUUGGAAUUGAUGCCGGGUCAUCAACAGUGGCAAGGGGUGUGGUUAAUCUUGUUGUUGGAUACCUGAACAAUAUGGUCACAGAAAUGGCAUUUUUAAUACAGGCUAACACACAGGAGGAACUCCCAGAAGUCCUUCUUGGAACAUGCCGCUUUAAUCAUCUGGAUGCAUCCAAGGCCGUUCUAGUACAACCAUGACUAUCGCCUAGACAAUCUCGUAGUAGUCCAUUGUAGGGCACACCAGGCACUGGAUUACUGAGUUGUGCGGAACAGAAAUGUAGACAGGAGAGAGAUCCACCUUUUGUUUUGCGACCAAUCAAAUUCGCAUUGGCAGCUGUAUCUUUUGUCAAAGAAAAAUUCUUUGGCUGGGGCAAUUCAUUUUGUAAAGUACUACAUCCAUAAGUACCUAAUUCUUCAAAUUCAUUGAUCAUAAAAAAUUGUGCAUUGCCUCUAGUUUAAACCAUUAUUAUAAAUUUGAAGCUUUUUAGUACA